AUGUCGCUGAUUUUCCACAAAAAACCUAUUGGAUUCAGCGCAAAAACGCUUAACACUCUUCUAGACAAAUACAGCUCGUACGCAGAGGAAAUAAAACCCAUAGGCGACGAUCGCUCACAGUACGAAGAGUACUCAUCCGCAGCGAACUUGAUCGCUGGCGGAAUAAAAAUCAUAAAAUCUAGCAGAGAUUCUCUGCAAGCUCUCGUCGACAAGUUAGAAAAGGAGUUCGACGAUGCAAAAUCCAAAGGUAACAAAAAAGACCUUAUCAGUGAGAUAGAAGACAUAGACACAGAGUGCAAAUUCACUGAGAAAAUAGCGCGCGCCAACGAAAUGAUUUACGUAUUGGAAGCACGCUUGACAGAAAGCAGAAAUAAACUGCAAAACCUCGCACAAAAGCUGGGUGUAGACCCAAAUAAAAAUGAAACAGCACAGCGCAGCAGCGCUAGCACAAAAAAGGAGUCUACAGCAGAGCCCGAAAUUGACGGUGACUCUGCUUGGCUAUCAGAAGACUUGUCGAAUGACGCUCCAAUUGACAUGGAAGAUGCAAUAUGUCGCACGUUGCGUAAUUUCCCAAAAUACGACAACAAUGGAAAGAAGGACAGAACCUUCAGAGAACAGUCUCCUAAGGACUCGAAGGGGUGCGUGUUCUGCAAAAAUAGCAACCACACGUCAAAUUCCUGCAGAACUGUGCCUAGAAACAAUGGUCCACCAGAGCCAAAAGUUCCCUACCAAAAUAGAGGCGAAAGACAGCCGUGGAAUGGUAAUAAUUCCAGUGAUGCUCGGAAUAACAGACCUUGGCAAGGGAGAACAACAGCCAACAACGCCUGCGAGUCCGCUGACACGGAAAAUGUGGAAGAGAUAAUCCAACCCAUCAUGGUUAUUUCACAUCCUGUCGUAGCGAUUCCUAAUACACCGCUAAUCGACCCAACGCGGUUUUCAAGGUACAAACGAGUACUACGCACCCUAGCAAUUGUUGGUAAAACGCUUUCAAGAUGGAUAUAUCGAUGUAACUUAAAAAGUAGAAUCUGCUCAGAUGACAUAGCGAUUGCAGAAAAGAUGCUAUUUGCCUCAGAACACCGCGGCAUAAGCAUAGAGGAGCUGCGAAAGCGCUUCCCCCAUAUAAACAUAAUUCGGGAUAAGAAUGAAGAGAGUCUAGUAGAAACCAACGAUCUACAGCCUCGAUUAGAAGAAGAACACAACGAAGAAGAAGCAACUAGCGCAAUAGAACCAUCAAACCCAUUGCAAAUUCCUCGUAUUAGUCGAGAAAGAGCCUCAAAAACUAGAGCGUACGAGGUUAUACAAAAUUUCGAAAGGCACCUAGACGGCCACUUUUUCCACACCAACACUUACUGCUCGAUGUGGACAAUACUCACUAUUCUUCUAUGUGCAGUAAGCACAGGGUCGGCUAAUAACAGUCUCAUGUGCGCAGAUGGCUCGGCAAUUGUCGAUAUUCAAAAAACAAGCUUUGAACUCUGCUUCAACAGAGAAUGCAGGACAUUCAUAAGUUUGUCAAAGAAGCUCAUCCUCAAAAUACCAGCUUCUCCCCUGCACAAACUCGCUACGGUAUCAACUCGGAUUCUAAAGAAUAAUUUCACCGAAACCAUAGAAUGUCCCCCCACCGAAUUUUGCGAAUAUGCGAGUCAAUUGAUGACAAGCUCUUUGAUAGGUAACCCACACUGCUGGCCUACGGGAGCUAUAGCUUCUAUGGCCAUAAUAGUGUACGCAUUGGGAACUAUCAUACUGUUAAUUGCGAAAGCGAUAAGCCACUUUGUGCCAAAAACAAAAAACACCACGCACUCGGCUCAAGAAAUCGUGGUCAUGAACACAUUUAAUCCAAGACCAUUGAAUGUCUCAACAACAGUAACAACAAUGUUAGUAAUACUAGCUAUGCUGAGCAGUUCGCAAGCCUGCCAACACGGACAUAUGAGACAUUCCGUAGACGUAAUAUGCAACAAUGCAGGAAACUGCUCCUACGAAUAUAACCAGGAGGUACUAUUCAAUCACAUCCAAUCGGAACUCUGUAUCAAUGCCAGGUACGAGAACAAAACAAUUGGGGUGAUCAAAAUCCGUCAAAAACCUCUGAAGCUAGUCUGCUCCAAAGUCCUUCAAUUUUUCACACGGGACACCAAACACAAAAUAUUUCAUACUACAAGAUGCGCAGAAGCAGGGUCAUGUUCAAACAACCGCUGCAAUACCUUGAAACCCUACCAAAUUAUAAAGGAAUUGCAAGCUGCGGAUAAAUAUCCAGGGUACUCCGCGUGCGAACAUACAUGCGGUGGACUACUAUGCGGAUGUUUCCUGCCUGUGCAGGCAUGUUUUCUCAUUAGAGUCGCACAAAUACCAUGUCAAAAUCAGUGUCGAAAUAGUGAACUGUGA